CAAAAAACUAAAAAAAAAAAAAAAGAAACAAAGGAAUGUAGUAUUAUUAAACGGAGAGUUUCACUUCAAUUCACUGCAACCAAAAACCAACCAGAAUUCAAAAAAAUGUGUUUUUUUCUUCAUCUUCCUCAGAAAUAAGAACGCCCCUUCUUCCAACGUCCACCGUUACAGUACCAAAAUCUGAUUGAGGGGGCAAAAUGUAAGAUCAAGCACUUAAGAAAUAGUUGUAAAUGAAUUCCCUUUUGGAUUUUGUAUGUUUAACAUUCUCAUUACUUACAAUUUCUGAUCAAAGAUCUCAGACAUGGAUGUGUCCCGGUGGAUUCUAGAGUUUCUGAUCCGAAGUCCUGGUAAAGACAGGUUAGCCAAGGAUGCCCUAUCAGUUAUGCCAGUACCGAACAAUGACUUGCGCUUGAAUAAGAUUGCUCUCCUUCGAACCAUAGAGGGCGAGGUCUCUGAUGCUAUGGUCACUGAAACCAUUCUUGAAAAACUGGAAUUGGUGGAGGCAUUGGAUUCGAGGCAGGAAAGUGGGGCUGCUGCAAUGGCAGACUCCAUGAAGGGUGCAUAUUGUGCUGUGGCUUUAGAGUGUACAGUGAAGUUUUUGGUGAGUGGUGGAGGAAAGCCUGGUGAGAAAUACUUGAAUGCCCUGAACCGGGUUUGGAGAGGGAGGGUCCGUCAGUUGGAGAUGUCUGGGAAGAGUAAGCUGUUCACGAAGGAAUUGAAGAGGUGUUGGGAUGAAGUUGAGGCUGCAAUUUCGGACAACAGUGUGUGUAAGAAGUUUUUGGUUAUGAACACUCGAAAUGAGGCUGUUAGAUUGGUUUUGGAAUACUUGAAAGAGGCUUGGGCGUUAUUGGGUCCUUCGUUUGUGGAGUGGGCAGCUAAAUUGACCACUGAGCAUAGAGGUCUGGUGCGUUUGGGAGAUGGUGGAGUUAGGAGUAGAGGGGUGGAGAGUGUUGAGGAUGAACCGGAGGUGGGUAUUGAACGAGUAGAUGAAGAGAUCGAAGUGCAGGAACCAACGGCUGUGAAGUUGGCCAGUCUUGGUGGAGGUGUGAGUGGUAUGCCUGAAUUGAUAAGUGAGUUCAGGGACCAGGAAGAUAGGACAGGGACGAGUAAAGAUCAAGUUUGCAAUAAAGAUGAAGAGAUCGAAGUGCAGGAACCAACGGCUUUGAAGUUGGCAAGUCCUGGUGGAGGAUUGAGUGUGAGUGGUAUGCCUGAAUUGACAAGUGAAUUCAGGGACCAGGAAGAUAGGACGGGAACGAGUAAAGAUCAAGUUUGCAAUAAAGAUACGGAUGUUGAUGUUACCUUGCCUGAUUCUGGAACUGCCACCUUUGUUAAAGAAAUUCAGAGUGAAAAGGUGGUGACCAGAAACAAGCAAGUUGCUAUUAACAAACGGCACAGAGGACGAGUUAGGAUCGCUGAAGAUGAGAAUUUUGAAACAAACGAAUCUGAAAACCGAAAUUCCAUCUCAACCCCUGAAGUCGAUAGAGUACGAGAAGCACUUAAGUCCAGUACUUCGGAGCUACAAGCAGUCGUGACAGAUCCACUUCCUGAGGCAUCACGAGUGGCUGAAGCUGUAGCAACUGAUUUGGCAACAAAGAAUGUGAGCCAUGAGAAUCCCUUAGAAAGCCAGAAAGGAACAGAAGCAGAUGCAACAACCAAUCCAUGUAUUGAGAAAAACACCAACUCUAACGAUCCCACUCCUGGUAACCCAUCCACCAGUCAUCAGAACAACAAUCCUCAGCCCAGUUUGAUGGCUCGCAAUAGUACUGCCCACACAUACGAGUGGGACGAUUCGAUUGAUUCAAUUGAUGACUCUGAUCCUCGGGCAAAUGCGAGCAGACUUAACCCGACUAGAUCAAAGAGAAAGACUGUAUCUGCACUAAAGAAGGAUGAAUCUACAAAAUUUACAAAGAGAAGAAAAGUUAAGAGGUGGUCACUUUUGGAGGAAGACGCUUUAAGGGAUGGUGUGAAAAAGUAUGGAAAGGGAAACUGGAAGCUAAUCCUUAAUACAUACCACGAUUUAUUCGAAGAAAGAACAGAGGUGGAUUUGAAGGACAAAUGGAGAAACAUGACAAGAUAAUGACACAAUGUUGAGAUGAGAGACUUGGUUUAUGUUAGAAUUUUACUAAUGUUUGAUGUUAUGAUCUUGUAUAGUUAGUUGGUAAGGUUUGUUUUGUUGGGUUUAAUGAUUGUGUACCAUGUUCAACCCAAAACAAUCAGCAAACAAGUGUAUGUUAUAGUUAUAGUUAUAGUUGUAGUUUAUUCAUCUAGAAUAUAACCCUUUUAAGGAAUAUGAUUGUGUCUUGUCUUUCAACUAAAGUUGAGAUUUUUGUGUACUGAGUCAUUUGUAUAUCUCUAUAAAAGAUAUAAAAAAGUCUCAAAGAUUUGUUUUUUCUCA